CAUACCAUCUUUUUUACAAUAUUUCACAAUGGAUUCUCUGCCGCCCGCUUAUUCUCUCGAUCCCUCCGACGGUGAAUCACGUAUUGACCUUACACCAGCGCGUUCUGCUAGCAACCGUUUUACCGGGACUUUCCUUCGAAAAGAGGGAAAUUUGUCUGUUGUAUUAACAGAACAAGAAGAUGGUUGCGUUUUACCCUCUUACGGAAGAAGGGCAGCAAUCAACGGCGCUGUUUUCUUCGAAAGACGCGACUCGGUUACUUCCGUACAAGUCAAGGUCGUCACGCUGGAAGGACGAAUGCAGGUUGCAAACCACGAACACGGAUCGGACUUGGUGACUUUCUUAGAUGAAACUCGUACCCUGUGGUCCGUUGACUCCGCCAAUCCAACAACAUGUCCUAGCACCGUACCCUUCUCUCUGGUGAUCCCAUCCGAGUUCGAGAAGGACGAUAAUAAGAGAUAUGAACUACCACCUUCGUUCAUCGUGUCGUCUCCGGAGCUCAGAGUAUGGAUCGGGUAUUCCCUUACAGUGCAUGCCAUCGAGAGCCACUACCCUCUCGUUGGAUUCCUGAGAGGAUCCCCAAGCCUACGCGUCGUAUUCAACUACCGCCCCCGAACGCGCCCUGCCCAACCGAUACUAUCCAACCCCGCUUUUCUCUCUUCCAUCAAGACAUCCCCCGAAGAAUGGAAACAGAGCCUUACAACCAUCAACCCUAAACCCAACAACACAACCGCGGCGCCUAUACAUUGUAGCCUCUUCGUUCCCGCUGUCCAGAUCUUCGCCAUCUCUGAUAACAUCCCAUUUCACGUUCAGCUAACGGCACCGCUCGCGUCUCUGCGGCAGCUUUUCCCCGUUCCAGGGAACGUACAUGGCAACGCCUCUCUUCAGGUCCAUAUGGUUCGUCAAGUCACGGUAGAGGUUGACGGAAAUGUGUCAUCACGGAACGUAGGCAUAGGAGAGGGGAGCUUGCGUCCGGUGCCUCCGCUAGCGUCAGAAAUACAGCCUGGACCGGAGUUUGAGAAGCAUAUGGACUGGGAAGGGGAGCUCAAAUGUCAGCCUGACGUUGAGGUGGGCAGUUUCCUCACGGCAGGCGUGUCAGUAAAGGAUUUUAUCAUCGUAUCGCUCUAUCCCCCUGCGAGAUCGGAUUUUCCUCACUCACGGAAUGGCAUUCGCAUAAGAAUAGUUACCGAUCCUUGGACAGAUGAAGUCGACGACUGA